CUCCGUGAAUGUAAAAUUGUUACGUUGCAUCUAUAGAAACCGCCGGAUUGUACUACAGCAAGGAAUUUGAUCGGACCGCAGGUGAUAUCGACACCCUCCGCCCUCGUACUUGCUCAUGCACUCAUGCCUCAUACGCUGUACGGCUCGAUAUAAACAUUCUCCCGCAGAUAGGUGUCCCCGGCGGAGUGCGCCGCGAUACACGUAUACGACUGGGAGAUCUUCGUUCCAUCGUAACAGUCGGAACUCGACAUGCCUGGUAGGGAGUCGUCAACCGCGCAGGCGAGUCUAGAGGGCUUCAGCAUCUCAUCGUCCUCCGCCUUCGUGUGCGUUUU